GGCAGGGAGAAGGGGCACGGGCAGAUGGAGGAGUUCCAGGUCUUCGACCGCGCGCCUAAGAAUUUCGCGAAGGGCAAGCGCGUCCGCAGGAAGUGGGUCGACGAUGAGCGCUGCGACGACGACGGCAGGGAGUCGGUCAGGGCGCGCUUCGUGGCCAUGCAGUUCGCCUGGGACGCGCGGGGUGACACUUUCGCAGGCGCGCCGCCGCUGGCCGCGUUCAGGCUGGUGGUCUCCUUCGCAUCGAGCCUCUACUCCGCGGGGACCGGCUGCGACGGCACGCUCGGCAUCUACGUGGUGCCGCCCAAGAGAAAGGAGUCCGAAGGCAUCGUGUACCAGCUGAAGUGGGCACUCUACGGCACCAGGAGGGCCUCGUUCUUGUUUCAGAAGCUGACCAUGGAGGUCAUGGAUAAUGGAGGCUUCGUCCGCAUCACGGUGACGGUUCAAGUCUACUACCACAAGGAGCGCCUGCUGAUUGCGAUUGUUCAUGGUGGCGGCGUCCUGGCUGGAGGAAGGAGGGGCGCGCUCGACUGGCUGGGCGAGCUGGUGAGAGGUCACUUCACGAUCAAGGUGAUGCCCAGGGUCGGGAGCCCGAGGCAAGGAAGAGUUGAGCCAGGCAGCUUCCUCAAGUGCACAGUGACGUGGUGCCCCGAAGGUUUCGGCAUCACGCACGAUCGCAAGCACGUGGAGGUCCUGGCCAGCACCAUGCCCAGCAGGAAGACGGGCGAGAGCAACGCCACCAAGCGCGCGAUCACCGCGCCUUCCAGGACAAUCGGGAAGGACUGCAGAGAGUCAUCCGACGAGCCCAGCACGGAGUACGCGACCACCUACUGCAGCACGGCGCACACCGCACUCUACGUCGCACACGACCGCUUCGACAUCCAGCAGGCCGUCGCCUACCUCAUGAGGGCGACCUAG